ACUUUCAAGGUUGUUAUGAAUUGCUUCAUAUUUAUCUUAUCUGUACUAGGUAUAUUUAUAUUCAUUCAGUGUAUAUAUCUAUCUACUGUAUACAUACAUACAUAUAUAUAUACAUACACAGUUAACCAUGAUCCGUUAACCAUGGAUCAUCGAUAACCACUUCUCCAAGCCAAAAGUCUAGCCCAACCAGUUUGUUUCUCAUCAGCCCCUCUCAAGCUGGUCACCUAGCUGCCUUAGCUACCUGACUACCUCCCUGACUCUUUACCUACCUACCUACCUACCUACCUACCCACCUACCUAGUCCCUACGUCUUAUCUUAUGCAGGUUCCCAUUUCGAACCUCAUAUCAUAUCAUAUCUCACGAAACCUCUCAACUAUUUUUUGGACUCGAGUAUACUCUACUCGCUACUCUCCUCGCACACUUUAUUAUUCGUACACUCUAAUCAUAGAGAGUAACAAGAUCAACAAUUCUCGACAAUUCAUUCACUUAUUCAUUCACUCAUUCAUAUUGCCAUCUCUAGUUGAAAACCCCAAGUUUUAUGCUUUUCGCAAAAGAUACCCGUGUGACCCUAUCAUUUACCAAGUAAUCUAAAUCUAUUUCAAUUCGAUUUUGACUUUACACAUCACAUCGCACAAGAAAGAGUAUUACAUACAUACAUACAUACAAUCGAUAGCUAUACCUACCUAGGUAUAUAACUUCACAACAUGACAACCAUGGGAAUAGCAAGUAAACGUCUGGGAAAGGAACUUACUAAGAUCCACCAAAGUCUCCCACCAGGAAUAACUCUCGUAUCCGCCGAAGAUUUCAAAGAAUGGCUUGUCGACAUUUGCGUUUUAGAUUCGAAUCCUCUUUACCAAGGAGAAACCUACAGAAUAAAAUUAGUUUUCACACCUAAUUACCCUAUCGAACCCCCCGAAGUAACCUUCCUGGCGCUCUCCACCCCAACCCGCCCUAUCCCCAUGCACCCACACAUCUAUUCCAACGGCAUAAUCUGUCUCGAUCUGCUCGGCACCCAAGGCUGGUCGCCCGUCCAAAACGUCGAGUCGAUCUGCAUGUCUUUACAAUCCAUGUUGACCGGAAACACAAAGAAUGAGCGUCCCGAGGGCGACUACGAGUUUGUGAAGUACAAUCGCAAGAGACCGAGGGAUAUCGAUUUUUAUUACCAUGAUGAUGGGGUUUGAGAGGUUUUAAAGGGAGAGAGAAAACUAUGGAGCGCAUGGGGGAAUUGAGGGAGAGGAAGUGAGGCAGAAGGGAAUGGGCUAGGGAAGAAGAGUGUUCCUCGAGUGUGAGGCAAGGCAAGGGAAUCGAAUGCAUGGACGAAUUUUUGGACAUGAAGAAUGAAGCAAGACAUGAAUGGAUCAAGAAUGCAUAACUGCAAAGGUUGGGAAAGGAUUACUUUGAUCUCUGGCAUUACAGCAAGGCGUUUGAGUGGCUGUGGUUUUUUUUGGGCACGUCAUUCCAUAUUUUAUUACAGGUUCAUGAGUUUCAUGAAUAGAAUUUCUGAAAGUGGUUGUAUUAUCAUGAUUUUUCUUUCUUCUCAUUACUCAUACAAUCAUACGCCCAUCCACCAUGUACGUACGUAUAG